CGGAGGUAUCGUCUCCGAUCGGAUCGGUGACUGUGAGAUCGCAAUUGAGUACGCCUCUCAUUUCAGUACACAGGUCGGAGCAUCAGAAAUGAGAGAGAGCUCCGAUAUUAAAGAUUUAAUCUCCUACGGAGACGAUUUAAUCAACUUACCGAACUCCAAGAACGGAUUCGGCGUCGUAUCGCAAAGCUUCGACCACUCAAAAGCUCUCCACUUCGCUUGCGAUGAGGAUUUCAAUCAGAUUCAGGAAUCUUUCAAAGAUUGUAAGAAGAAGCUAGAAGCUUGCAAGAAGAAAACAGAGGAAGCUUAUUCAGAUGAAUCAUCAGGAGACGAUGACAUUGAGCGUCUUCAGAAAGAGCUUGAUGAAGAUAUGGAACUAGAAAGCAAGAUAAAUGACGAGCUUAGAGUCGUUGCUGAUUAACUCAAAGACCUGAAUGCACAAUGGACAUCGGUUGAUGAAAAGAGGCAAUCUUUAAAGAGUAAAGACCGGGACGACUUGAGAGCUGAGUAAGAUGCAGUAGCUUCUUCUGAAUGUUUGGUAAGAUAUUGGGCUUCUCAACUCCUCUUUUUAUCUGCAGGAAGAAGCUUUCUAUGUAUGCUUGUGUCACAAAGGUUAUACCAGAAGCAGACGUUAAUGAUCCAUCAAAGAUCUCAGGCUGUAUCCUUUUUCUUUUCAUCAUCUCUCUACUUCACGAGUCUCAUUCCUUGAAAGAUAUAUAACCUUGUAGAUUAAUUUAUAAAUUCCGCAACUUGUACAGAAUAGAAAGAUUCCACAACUUGUAUAAAUAGAUUUAUAAAGUCUUA